CUGGGGUGAAAGGUUUGCGGCCUCUUCAGAGUAGAAUUGAAGGACAGUUUUACUUCAGACCUCACAGAGACAACAUGAACUGUGCUCUGUGUAAAGAUAUUAUCCUAGAUCAGAACCUGAUAAAGGUCGGAGUUCUUUUUCUUCAUCCAUCCUGUCUCCGAUGCUCCGUAUGCGAGAUAGAGCUGACUGAGAAGUGCUAUGCCCACGACAGCACAUUCUAUUGCUUGGAGCACUACAGAAACAAAGCUAACUGCUCUGGGUGUAAGUUGGAGCUGAGAGAAGAAGAAUCCGGGAUCCAUAUUGGAAAUGGGAAAAUCUUUCAUCCCAGCUGCUUCUCCUGCUCGUGUUGCGGAGUAGUCCUGGAGAAAGGAAUGAUGUUUGGUUUCUCUUUUGACUCCAGACUAGUUUGUGAGGAGCAUAUUUGGAACCCAGAGAACUGUGAACCUAAACCUGGGAAAUUAGCAAAGUCGGAACAGGAGAUUUUUGUAAAUAACAGAGCGGACGAGGAGAAAGAUGAAACCCUUCAGACCUUAGACCUGGAGCAGGACGAAGAUCUAUCAGAGGAUGAGAAAAGGGAAUGCAAGGACGGAAAGAGAAGAGGACCUAGAACGAAUAUAUCCUCUAAACAGCUUGAGGUAUUGAAGAAUGUAUUUAAUGCAUCUCCUAAACCAACCAGGAUGAUGAGAGA